CCUAUGGGCGGCCGUCACCACCAAAAACACAAGGAUGUCAAAUCGAUCAGAAUGUACCAUUCUACAUUACGCUGAGCCAUUUCAUGCAACUCUACACCAUUUGUGUGUACGCUGAGCCAUUUCACGCAACGCUACACUGUUUGUAUGUACGCUGUACCAUUCGACAUUACGCUAAGCCAUUUCACGCAACGCUACACCGUAUGUGUGUAUGCUGUACCAUUCUACUUUACGCUGAGCUAAUUGACACAACGCUACACCGUUUGUGUGUACGCUGUGUUACUCGACGUUGUCCCGAGCCAUUUGACGCAACGCAACAUCGUUUGUGUACUUUAUUGCAAAUGAGUGCCAAGCUAUUCGCAAUUGAGCUAGUCCAUUUCACAAUUAUUUCAUGUUCCAACUCGACAUGGGCAACUAGACCGUUUAUCAUUUGGCUAAGCUAUCCAUGUUUAGGGUGUUCUGUUUCACGAAGGAAAACUAAACCGUCUAUAAUUUGGCCAUGCCAUUCCUUUAUUAGCUAUUCAAUCCUGUAGCUGAUCUUUAUACCAGCUUUGUAUUUGUUGAACUAUUUGACAUCCUCGAAUUUUUGGUGGUGACAGCUGCCUAUAAUAUCCCAACCGUAGACAGUUCGGCUUCAGUUCUCGCGCGGUCAUUCGAAGUAAACAUGGCGAUGAGGAAGAGCAGUGUCGAUCAGUUUUUUGAUGACAAAGUCGAACAGGAAAAAGAAUCAGAAACCUUACAAAGAGCAGUACAAGUAAAUGGUCGUUAUGUUGAUCCUUGGGGUACCGCUCAUAUGCCAUCAUUGUUUGAGGUUCUUAGGUGGAAGAUGACUGAGAAAAAUGAACGAGGAGUUCGUGGAAGCUGGAAGGAACUGUUUCGUUUCAACACUGAGGUAUUUUCUAAAAAUAGUAAUGCUCAUCCAUCUAUCGUUGUUCUAAGUAAUAAACUUUCAUCGUGACAAACAUGUUAAAAACAUAAACUUGUUUAGUAGAAGGUGGAUGAAAUAGUUGUUGUAAUAUUUAAUACUAAUUGAAAUUACGUAAUGAGUCACUAAGUGUAUUCAUCUCAAUAACUGAUCACAUCCCUUGUCGCCAAGAUUUCCGAAUAUUACCCCAUACUUCAUCAUACACACAGAAAUUGGAUAAAAGAAAACCUGUGAGUGCUUUAACCCUUUAACUGACCCAAGAUCUGAUUGUCAAUUCUUGCCUCUAGCUGCUUAACGUUUCCUUGUAAAUAAGUUACAAGAAUUUGUUGUUACAUCAAGAUAACUGACCAAAGAUCUGAUUGUCAAUUCUCCCCUCUAGCUGCUUCACAUUUCCUUGUAAAUAAGUUACAAGAAUGUUGUUACAUCAAAAUAACAACCUCUACCUGAUAAGUUCGAGUAUUCUCAUUACAUUUUUGCUGGACAGUGUAUGCAUAUUAUAGGGAGAAGUUACAUGUGAAUCACUUCUGGGAGUUAAAGGGUUGAGGACUACUUUGAAUUGGAAUAGAGUACAUAAGGGUUUAAUUAAUACAGAAAUCUCCUCUAGUCAAACUAUUGAAAUUUUUUUAUUAUCGUUAUCAUUAGUAUCAUUUUUGUCAUUGUUAUUGUUAUCACUGAUUUCUUUUUGUUUCAUUUUAACAUUUUUCAAACAGGAACUGGAGCAAAACCUUCCUGUCCUGACCCUCGACAGUACAGUUUUAUCAUCACCUCCUUCAGAUAAUAUUCAAGUGACGUGGCUUGGACAUGCCAGUGUUCUUGUUCAAAUGGAUGGUUUCAAUAUUUUAGCUGACCCCAUUCUCAACAGCUACUGUGGACCCACACAAUUAUUCAGCAUGACACGCUAUAGACCUGCUCCCUGUACUGUAAAUGAACUACCUAGAAUUGACGCAGUAUGCAUCAGUCAUGACCACUACGACCAUCUUGAUGUAAAAACUGUCAAAGAACUUCAUCAGAGGUUUGGAGAUCAGCUUAAGUGGUAUGUUCCUAAUGGGCUAAAAUCAUGGAUGGCAAGCAGCGGCUGUAAAAAUGCUGUAGAACUUGAAUGGUGGGAAGAGGCAGAGCUUUCAAAGAAAACUGAUGCAGAAAUUCAAAGCCACAGCACUGUUAAGUUUGUCUUCACACCAACGCAACAUUGGUGUCGUCGCUCAGCCACAGAUAAAAACCAGGUGUUGUGGGGAAGUUGGACUAUCCUAGGGCCUAAGCACAGAUUCUUCUUUGCUGGUGAUACUGGUUACUGCAAAGGAUUCAAGCAGAUUGGAAAACGCUUUGGACCAUUUGAUUUUGCAGCAAUACCAAUUGGUGCCUACAAGCCAAGGUUGGGAAAGUCUAUUUGUACUCUAAUGGGCAAGACAUAGCUCUGUUGACAUUGCCUCUCUCUAAAAAGGAGUACAUUAAGAAGACUGGGUUCUGAAGGGGAAUGGGAAGGGGUGUAAAUCCCCAUUUGGCAUCCCAAACUUUGUUCAAAUCCCAUUUUCCAGCCAUUUUCUUAUUGCUGUAGUUUACAACUUUCAAUUGAAUGUCUGUUGUGGUGCUAAUUUCUUCAUAUUUUUCAUAAUUUUAACUUUCUUGCAGAUGGUUUGCACAAUUUGCACAUGUUGAUCCAAAAGAAGCUGUUUGUAUUCAUGAAGAUGUUCAAUCUCACUGUUCCUUAGGAAUUCAUUGGGGAACAUUUCCCACUGGAAAAGAGGUAUUGAUACAUCAUUUUAAUUCUUCUAUCUUCUAAGAUCUCAGUUGAAAUUCUCUCUUUCGAGUCCAAUACAUUCAUUCCCAUUUUUAAUGCCUGAGUUGUACUUGUCUGGGAAGAAUUGUAAAGAGACCAUUAAGCGUUUGAUCUCUCCCUACCCUUAAAAGGUUAAAAUUUAACCUUUUAAGGGUAGGGAGAGAUCAAACGCUUAAUGUGUAAGUUAUUUGACAUUCACACAUCAAUAGUUUAACUAGAGAGCUGUUUUGCGUUAUCAGUUUUAGACAUUGGAAGUGUUACUUAUGUUAAAGUUGUCCGUUAUCAGAAUUGGAAAGUUUCCAGUCUUUCCUAGCACCUGUACUCUAUUAAGCUAACUUCCUCCAACUUUUAUUGGUUUUUGUUUUCUCACAAUCCUUUUGCAUAAAAUGUACUGAUUUUGUAAGGAGAAUUUACUUCAUAAUCAUCACUCUGGAGUUCAAAGGCUAAUAAAAAGUAGGGAAUCAUUUCUGAAAUAAAUUUACUGAGUGCAACAGAGGAGUUUGUGCCAAUUUGAUAAUUCCACUGUUAAGAAUUUCUGCAAUUUUUGCAGAUAUUCCCUUUUUUGUGUUCAAGUGUGUGUCACUUCUUAGAAAUAAUGUUUUCAAAUUCUGUUGUGCCUCUAAGUAGCUAUCUGAGAAAAUCUUUACUGCAGCCAUUGUCAAAUUAAACAGCUGCACUAAGUCUUGUUUUCACUUCAGAAAAUGGAGAUCAAUAAGUCACCACAACAGACACAGUUACAGUAGAUGUUAUAAGAACCCUUUUUGGUUAAUUACAGAUUAAUUUGUCAUUCCAUUUUCUUUUACUUACUUUGUAGCAUUAUAUGGAUCCACCCAAAGAUCUUAGUGAAGCACUCAAGGAAAAAGAAAUACCAGAAGACAGCUUCUUUAUCAUGAAACAUGGAGAAACCAGAGUCAUAAAAUGAAAAAAUGACAACCACAAUUGAAAAGGGUACUGGGAAAUUUCUGCUUAAAACUGGAGGAUUGAAAUCUUCAGUAAAGACCCAGUCUAAACAAAAUUGCUUACAGAAUAAAUUUUGAUAUUCAUGAUGAAUUUUGGGGUCAUAAUAGUUUUAAAUUAGUUAACUCUGCCUUUUCCUUUGUUCCAGAUUUUUUUAGUUCAUUGAAUUUAUUUUUAUUUUCCAUCACAUAUAAAAAAACAACAAUUUACAACAACUGACUAAAAAAAAAACAACAGAUAAGUUAAUUUAACUUUGUUCCAGUUAAAGUACCAUGGCCAUUUUGUAAGCAAAGGAAAUACAAAACUAGCUAAUUUUAAAUUACUUUGAUCCAAUGUCCUAAGGCUUUUAAACUACAACAAAAUAAACAUAUUGCUUAACUGAAAUUUUUUAUCAUUAUUAUUUUGGCAUCUUAAUUAAGGUCCAAGAAAAAAAUUAUGUAAAUUUGUAUGAAAAAUGUACUUAGAAGAAUAAAGAUUUUAUUUCAUUUGUUGGGGAUGAAUCUGUGUUAUCCAAUUAAUAGCUUUGUCACUUAUGGAAGUAAACGGUUUAGAUAUGUGUAGGAUUUCAUUUAUAAUGAAUUGGUACUGUUCUCUGCUAAAUAAGAAAAUAUUACACAAUUUACACAGAACCUGGAUAUCUGCGAGAUCUACCUUACGUGUUAGGAAGCUCAUUAGCUGACCUCAAGAAAGUCAGGAUGAUACAGAACGUGAUGCGAAAGUUGAUGGAAGUUACCAAAAAUAUUCAAAUUAACAACUAAUCUAAACAUUUUCAUGGGUAAGGAGCCUAAAACAUACUAUGGAUGAAUUCGUUUGCUUGAUCCUCGGAGCGACUCACGGUCGAAAUAUCUCACAUUUCGACCGGAACAUCAGUAAAAAUAUUGGAAUUUUCCUACAUCAGGAUAUUCCUGCACCAAAAAUAACAAAUCAUUAGCGGAAAGUGCGUGGGAGGGUUGGAAAACACACAUCGUCGAUUACUAGGCGCGCAAAGCAUUCUAGAAAAACAUCCUUUAUGUUGAAGCGUUCCUUCACAGCUAAGGCGUGACGUUUCAGCGGCUACAUAUUAACUGUACCCGGCACAAUUGAAAGCGGAAGUGUUGAACGAAGCAGGAUUUACGCCUAUCUCGACUUUUCUUCGAGUUUCAUUCACACUGGGCUUGAUCUAGUAAAUCUUUGGAAGUUAAGCUUCUAAAACUCAAUCGAUAAAGGUAACAUUUUAUUAUUUUUCUGUUUUCAUAUGUUUUCAUGUCUUCGUCUGUGGAAAAAAAACUUUAAAAAAUUGGGAUUCAUCUAUUUCGCUCUGGUUUCUUUCUCCUGUCUGUGAAAUCUAAUUUUGCAUUUAAUUUUACGUGAAGAGCUGUUCUCACAGGUUUUUACAAAGAGAGUGAAUGUAUUCAGCAAAGCUGGUGUAUAGAAAAUGAAUUAAUUUCAUAUUCGGUCUUAUAACUAGUUCUGAUGACGUAAAUUUACACUUACAUAACCUUUUACGGUUUCAAGCCACAUAUUUCUUCCGUUUUUUAUUUGAAACCAGUUGUAUUCUAGAAAUAAUCGUUAUUAUCCGAACAUGUGUUUCCUUCUAUGUCAAAACAGGUGCCUAUGUUGGUUUACUCUGAAGUAGGAGGGUUGACCACUCCCUAAAGGUUUCUGAGUCAUCCUCUGUCAUUUUUUCAAUCAUCCAUUGUGCCUUGCAGGGGUCUUACAUUCCCAUGUUAACUGUGUUGUCUGCCAGUGCUUUAGAAAUGAGUCAGGGCAGGAGCCUGUUACUAAUGGGCUCUUGGUUACAACAGGUCCCCCCUUAAACCUUGCUUUGUAAUGGCUGAAAUUCAAGUUUUGGGAGGGUUACUUUUUUGUCUUCUUUGGAAACAUCCUUUACUGUCACAGUGCCUUUCUUCAUCCAAGAGUAUAGAUGGGCACUGAUAAACUGUUGUGGAAUCCUGACAAUCCAAAGGGAGACUUGUGACUGAAUAUCCCUUCACCCAAGGGUGUUUGUUAUGCUUCACAGAUUAGAGAAUUCUGCUAUUAUGCAGAACUGACAUACUGAAUUUCCAUUUCCUGAGCUUUUUUUUCCAUCCAGAAGUGGAGAAUGGAGAAUAUUCUCCAACUUUUCACUUACAAUUCUCCAGUCACCACCUUCCUUAAUGCUUUAACCCCUAAGAGUGACUAGCUUUGAACUUCUCCCAACAGUAUCACCACUGAAUGAAACAUUUAAGUCUUGAGAAUAAAGGAAAUGAUCACCAACUUAAGAAUCUAUUGAUGGUUAAAACAAAUUCCACUUAUCAGCUCCUUAGUAAUUGUUUAGAGUACAGCAUAAAUAAUUUAAUGCAUAUUGAUUAAUGAAAACUGCAUCCUAUCCUGAAGGGUUAAAAUAACAUUACCUGACUAAUUGCAAAAUGGUAGAAAUCCUUCUGUUCAGGAAAACUCUCAGUUCAUUGUGAUUCUUUCUUAAUGCAACAAAUCAUAGAUUUGGCUUGGCUUAUGUUACCUUUCUUAUUUUUAAAUCUCUUUAUUUCCCCCUUGAACAGCUUCAAACUAUGGGCUCACAGCUAGAAAAACAAGAUGACAAGAUUGCAGGAAAUGAAGAAUACCCCGAAGCUAUAAGAGAAAAUGGAAUUUUUAAAAUACCUUGGGGAGGAACAAAUCCAUCAGGACUAACAGCACUGAAAUGGUUCAUGACUUCAACAAACAGAAGUGGUUUACCAGGAUUCAUGGUUUCAAGUUUCUAUAAUUAUGACAAUGAGGUGAAUUGUCCAGCUCCUUUGAAUUGAAGUGAUUUUUUCUUCGGUGAUGAUUGUUAUAUGAUUAAUUUAAAAACAAACACUAGUAACAUGAUAACAUGAUUUCUCAGUGGGCAGGAUGCAGCACUUCACCUGGUCGACUGUUUGCAUCAUGUUCCAGGGCAAACAAUUAGCUCUGAAAGUGUCACUUACCACCCCUGGAAUGAUUGAGUAUUUGCACAUUGUCAAGGAUAACAUUUUCAGGGAUAAAAAACUGAGGGGAGAUGGGGCAAGGGGUGGAUUAACCUUCAGUUGAUGACAAAUAUGACAAGUUCGGUGAGCUCAUCCUAAAUCACUAAUGUAAAGCAACUAAAAGCAUCAAUGCCUUUUCAGGAUGGGAUACUGAUCCAUCAAAGGUAACCUCCCCCAGCAUUUUUUCCCAUUUCCAAACAAUUUCUGUACACCCUUUUACAUCCAUUGAUGGAGAGAGGUUGUGUAAAAGUAAAGUGUCUUGUCUAGGAAUGCAACCAUAACAACCUGACAGGCAGUCCACCAGGGAACUUUGGAUCCCAACUCCAACAUGUCAAUCACUAGACUACCACAGUCACUCUACUACUUGUUAUAUGCCUUACCUGUAGAGAUGCCAUGGCCUCAAGGUUAACCCUUUAACCCCCAAGAGUGACUAACAUCUAAUUUCUCCUUAGCACAUCACCCCUAAAUCAAACAUCAAGGUAAUGAGAAUAAAGGAGAUGAUCACCAACUAAAGUGGCUCUUGAUUGUUGAACAAUGUCUCCCUGUCAGAACCUUAGGAAAUGUCUAGAGUAGUGUGGAGAAUAUGCAUACUGAUACAAGGGAUUAAAGGGUUAAUGCACUGGAUUCUGGUUUGCAAGGUCCAAGUUCAAGACCUGGCAGUGUCAUUGUAUUGCAUUCUUGAAGAAAACAAUUCACUCUCACAGUGCCUCUCUUCACUUAGGAGUAGAAAUGGGUACAGGCAAAUUAUUAGGUCCAGCCUGAUGAAAUGCAGGGGGUAACCUUGUGAUAAGCUGGCAUUCCUUCCAGGAGGGAGUAUUAAUACUUCUAGUCACUUUUUGUUACAGAAACCAGGACUAACUCUAGCUGGAUGGGCCAUUUAGCUUGCUUACAAAUGUAACCUUACCCUGCUUACCUUCAUGUGUCACCUUGUGUGUUGAUAAACUUUUAUUUUCCAGCUACAACUAAAACAGCAAUUGGUUAAGAUCCUACUUAGUCCUACCUUAACUCCAAAUGUAAUGUAUAGGACACUUUGUUUUACUUUUUAUAGGAAUUAAACACCAAUCUCCCAGUUCUGUCUCCAAACAAAGCUGCUUUAAAUUCUCCUCCACCUGAUGGUCUUCAAGUCACCUGGAUUGGUCAUGCCACUGUCCUGGUACAGAUGGACGGUCUCAAUAUUCUCACAGACCCAGUCUUUAACAGCUACUGUGGAAUGACUCGCAUGGUAGGCGUGAAACGGUAUCGUCCCCUCCCUUGCACUGUGGAUGAACUUCCUGACAUUGAUGCUGUGUGUAUCAGCCAUAACCAUUAUGAUCAUCUUGAUCACACAACUGUCUGUGAUUUAAACAAGAAGUUUGGUAACAAAAUCCAUUGGUAUGUGCCGAUGGGGCUUCAUAAAUGGAUGUCAGACUGUGGCUGUGAAAAUGUUGUAGAACUUCAGUGGUGGAAUGAACAUUCUCAUCCAAAAUUCACAGAUCAGGACAAAGCAGUCAAGUUUGCUUUUACUCCAGCACAACACUGGUGUCGCAGAGGAAUAAAUGACAACAACAAGGUUCUUUGGGGAAGUUGGUCAAUCAUUGGUCCACAACACAGAUUUUUCUUUGCCGGUGACACUGGUUACUGUCACAUAUUUAAACAAAUAGGCAAGCGAUAUGGUCCAUUUGAUCUGGCAGCCAUACCUAUUGGAGCGUAUGCACCAAGGUAUGGAGUAAAACCUUUAAAAUGCUUAUUUUUUUUAUUAGGAAGGCAAAACCAACAUGAACUGCAGCAUACUGUUUUAAGUGUCACACACCUCUACAGUGAAGUUUGUGCCAAAUUAUUUGAGUCAAAUCUGAAACACCUGAGGGGCAUAGAAAAUACCCUUGCUCACAUUUACGAAUAUCACUUCAAGGAAAGCCCUUUUGCAAAGAUUUUGUUAAAUAUUUAAAUCAGUAUUUUACCACAGACAGUAAUUGAUUUACUAUGUUAAAAUGUUUGUUCUGAACAAUCCUGUUUACUAAGUUUUGCUCAGUUAUUGAUAUUGAAAGUAUAAAGUUGGACUUUUGCUUUCUUAAAAGAGGGCUUAUGCAGUUCCAACAUGUUGAUCCUCAAGAAGCAGUUGAGAUACAUGAAGAUGUCCAGUCAAACUUCUCUCUUGGCAUUCAUUGGGGAACCUUUAAUUUGUCAUAUGAGGUCAGUAGUAUCCUUCUGAUUUAAGAUGAAAUUUUUCCCUUGUGUGAGACAGGAAGGUGGAAAUUGGCCAUUGAUUAGCCCACUGGUCACCAGAUCAGCAGGGCAGGGUUUGAGCCCUGAACAGGUGACUGUAGUUUAUUUGCAUGCAAGCAAUGGACACUCAUCACUUUUCUUCACCUUGGGGUACACAUAGGUAACUAACAAACCAUCAAGGAAACCUUGAAAAUUUGGUGGGGGGAGGGGGGGAGUGGAAAGAGGGGUAACUUGUUCUGUACUAGCAUCCAUUAUGAUUCAGGAGCACCACUCUUAGUAACAGGGUUCAGACAGGUCCUGGAAAACCUGGAAAUCUUCUUAAUUCAAGCAAUAAAAUUUUCAGAACUCACAUUUUAAGAAAUGUAUGUAGAAUGUAAGGAGAAUUGAUUCUAAAAUCUUGCGAAUGAAAGGGUUUAUGGUGAAAUUUGGUACGAACCCUGUAGUUACUUGGUGCUGCAGAAACUGAGUUAAGAAUUGUGUAGAGAACAGUGUGGAGAAUAUGCCUACUGAUCGAUGUUAGGGAGUAAAGGGUUAAGAUGGUGAUAACAUAAAGUUAUGUCAUGCUGAUGGUAAGGUUGACAAUUAGUCAUAUACAGAAUUAAAAUUUCAAUGACCAUAAUUUUAAUUCUUUUUGUUUGCAGCAUUAUCUUGACCCACCAAAAGAACUGAGUGCGACACUGGACAGAAAAGGAAUUCCACAAACAGAAUUUCACACCAUAAAACAUGGAGAGACCAAAGUUAUCUCAAGUGAAGUUACAAAACAGGCUCAAGCACGACGCAGUGCUGUUGUCUUUGAAUCCUCGCACUAAAAAUAAAUUUCCACAAAAAAAUAAUAACUUAGUAUUAACCAGGCAUGAGGGCUGAAUAUUUUGAUUUGACAGUACAGACCUUUAAGAGACCUUUAAAUUAGGACCAAAUUCUAGUUGUUUUUAAAAAAAAAGCUCAAAUCGAACUUGUUUUUAAUUUGCUGGCUUGCAAGAACAAAAACAUGGUUUUAAGAUAUAAAAAUCUGUAAACAAACUCUCAACAAGGUAUUCAUAUUGGUUUAAAAGUUUUGAAUUAGAUAUUUUUUGUCUUAAAAAUUUUAAUGCUAGUUUAUUUAUAUAUUUAUUUUGUUCCCAAGUUUGAAAACCAACUGAUUAUAGUGCUUGAACUGUUAUGAAUCUAAAAAUGUGUACAGUUGGAGAUUUACUAAAGGUCAUCCAGGAAAAAUAUUGAUGAAUGCAUUUUUCUUAUUGAGAUUACAUAAAGAUAAAUUAAUUUAUGCUUUGAAUGCUGCAGGUCAUCCCCACAACUAAAAACCAAAUGAAAAAACUGCAAAUUCAAACUAGCUAGACUGGAUCAUUAGCAUUUUUACACACUGAGUACACACAACUUGUUUCUCUUUUGAAAUUCUAACUGACUUAUAAAGUCUUUUUCCCCAUUGGCUGUACUAAUAACUGUUUUGUAAAGAAACAAAUUGUUUGCACCAACACCUUUUCAACAAGCAGCAUGUCUCUCUUUGCAAAGACCACUGCUGGGAGCAAAAGCAGUGUGACAGAAGUUUAAUACCGUUCUUGACAAUUCCUGCUAGAAGGGCCUUGGAAAGCAAAGGGGCCAGAGAUGGAAAAAUUUAGGUGAGUAAAAAUCCAUUUCCCAAUAUAUACUUUGUCCAAAUUUCAUCAUUCUUCUUUUUCUAUUUUUAGGCCAUCUUAUUACCUCCCACUUAUUUUUCGCCUCUUUUUUUCUCUACUUCCCAAAUUUUUACGGAGUGGAACCUGGGAACGCUCCGGCGAAAUUUUCAACUCCAGGCCCUUCGGCCGUUCACUUUCAAAAUGGCGGUCGGAGUUGCUAGAUUUAUGGAACCACAUUUUAUAAGUUGAUUUGUCUGACGCAAGUAUGCUGCGGAAGCUCGGUAGAAGAGGUUUUUUACACUUUCAAAAUACAGAUUUGAUUCGCUCCGCCGUUAUCAGAAGCUCUGAGGGAAUCUCUCUCCACGGAAGGUAGUAUACAAACACCUGAGUUGCUCGUACUCUUUUUGCAAAGACUUUUAUGACGUAAGACGAACUGUUGCUCCUUUGAACAGUGACGAAAGCAGGCAGGGUAAAGACACUAAUCAGUGUAUGCUGUUUUGUCGUAUCUUUAAGAAUGCGUUCAUCAUGGGAAUAGAUCGACACGACUGCAUGACCGUAUUUUUACUAUGGAUACCGGUAUUAAUGUUGUCAGUGAAAUAUAGUUAUUGAGUGAUGUAAAUGUUGAUUUAAGUAUGCUUUAAGUUGUGACUGUAUAACCGGAAUAUCGAUAGAUUUAACAUUUGUAUUCAGCGAUUAUCAUGUCUCAGAGAUCUAGGAAGCCCAUUACUUAAGAGCUUCUAGAGAGGACAAUUAAGCUUUUGACCCCAUAGUGAUGAGCAUCUAAUUUCUCUCCACAAUAUCACCCCUGAAGCAAAUAUUGAGGUCAUGAGAAUAAAUGAAAUGAUCACCAACUAAAGACACUUUUUAUUUUUAAACAAAUUCUCCUUGCUGACGCUGUAUAAAAUGUAUAGAGAAUAGUAGGGAGAAUUUGCUUACUGAUGUUAGGGUGUAGGGGUUAAAAAGUUGCCCAAGUCAAUGAUAGUCUCGUGCCAUACAGGCUCUGUCAAGUCACACUCCUGUAACAGGUUAAACUUGUUUUAACAGACAAAAGACCACAGCAACAUCAAUAGAAAGAGAAAAUGCCAAGCUUUUUUAUGAUAGCACAGAGUAUCCUAAAGCCAAGAAAGUGAAUGGAAGAUUUGUUCUUCCAUGGAGUGGGUCACGAUUGCCCUCAAUGCUUGUUGCUGCUCAAUGGUUUUUGGGGUCUCCUAAUAACAGCAGUGUACCAGGAGGAGGACUGAAGGAUUUUUUCCAGUUUGAUGAUAAGGUUAAAAAAAUAAGUUAACUUAAAAUAAGUGUCGUUAUCUUGAAAUAUUAAAUUUUGAAACUUUAGUUUGCUAGAUAAAACCCUUUUUUUUUUCUUUUUUUUUUUUUUUUGUGGAGUAGUGUUUUUUGAUGAGGGUCUCCACCAGCCAGGCUAGAGUUAAGGCUGAAAAGAUAAUUACUAUAUUUCAUAUAUACAAGAAGCUGAAUUACAAGGAGAACUCUUAUACGACCUCCCCCCUCCUCCCUUCCCCCUCAAAUUCCUGAGUUAACAGCAAUGAUCAUUCUAAAUGCUUGAAAUGUCAGCUUUAAGUUGUAGAUAUCUCCUUGAACAUCUUUGUUUAUAAGUCAAUUUAAAAGUUUGUUCAUUCAGGGACAUAUACUUCCUUUCAGUGAGAAAUCUUUUGAGGUUAACAAAGUUAUCCUUUCAUGAUUAUUUCCCUGAGUCUAAUGACCUUUACUUGUGAUAAUGUCUUGAUAUUGUGACAAGAAAUUUGAUGCUUAUGAAUCUCUUAGGCCUUAAAUGGUUGAAUACUGAUUUUCUGCUGGUUUAACCAAGUAUAUUUAAAUUUGUUAUCUAGAAACUGGACAGGACCCUCCCAGUUCUCAAACCAAACAAAGCAAGAUUAGAAUCUCCAGCAUCUAAUAGCAUCCAGCUUACUUGGAUUGGACAUGCAACUGUUUUAGUCCAAAUGGAAGGACUUAACAUCCUCAUAGAUCCAGUAUUUAGUGAUUAUUGUGGUGCUGUUCAGGGAUUUGGAGUCAAAAGAUAUCGCCCUGCUCCUUGCACUGUUGACGAACUUCCAGAAAUUGAUGCUGUGUGUAUUAGCCAUAAUCACUAUGAUCACCUUGAUUACAACUCAGUGUGUAAACUGAACAAGAGGUUUGGCCAUAAACUCCUCUGGUAUGUGCCUAUGGGACUUCGCCCAUGGAUGAAAAAUUGUGGUUGUAAUAAUGUUUUUGAACUGGAAUGGUGGGAUGAACUGUCUCACCCAAACUUCACAAAAGAUGAGAAGGCAGUGAAGUUCGCAUUUACUCCAGCACAGCACUGGUGCCGCAGAGGACUAAAUGAUACAAAUGAGGUUCUUUGGGGAAGUUGGUCAAUCGUUGGUCCACAAAACAGAUUUUUCUUUGCUGGUGAUUCUGGUUACUGUCACAUAUUUAAACAAAUAGGCGAGCGAUAUGGUCCAUUUGAUCUGGCAGCUAUCCCUAUUGGAGCAUAUGAACCGAGGUAAGGGAUAAAACCUCUAAAAGGGGUAAAAUAGACACUUUGUCAUCAGUCUGCCAUAGUGAGACCCAUUCUUUGGUCAUAGAACACUUGAUCAGGGAUAAAUGGAAACCUUAAUUGAAAAGGUGCUGAGAAAUGAAUGAAUCAGUGAAGUUUGCUUUCACUUCUGACCAGUGUAAUGCUGGUGUCAUAGAGAGGUAAACGAUAGAUGUGAUUAAACAAAUAAAUAAACAAAUGAAUAAAGGGGUAAGUUUCUAAAGAAACUGUGCUCCUGCUUUGGGAGUAAAACAAAAUGUAUAAAUAGGCCACUGCAAAAUGUUUCAAAGCUAACAUUUCAACCAUUAGCCCUUCAUCAUUUGCUCUGAUGAAAGGGCUAAUGCCCGAGAUGUCAGCUUUGAAACAUUUUGUGGUGGCCAAUUUACAUUAUCAACUCAGUUGAUAAAACCAAAAUUAUCCUGUUGUACUCAUGCAGCACAGAUGCUUCUUUUGUUUUUAAACAGGGGAUUGAUGUCUUUCCAGCAUGUUAACCCACAGGAAGCUGUAGAGAUUCACCAAGAUGUUAAAUCUAACUCUUCUGUUGCAAUUCAUUGGGGUACAUUUAAUUUAUCAUAUGAGGCGAGUGUUAGAAAUAUAUAAUUUCUUUACUGUUUCAGUCUUUGCAUUGGAAUUAAUUAAAAAACAUUUAGCCAUAUUUCCUUGAACAAGAGCCCAUGUUUUUCCAUGUUUUGCAGGGUAUUUGACCAUUUCUCUUUCUUUUUUUUUUCCUCAUGUAGCAUUAUCUGGACCCACCAAGAAAGUUAAUUGAAACAUUAGACAUGAAAGGUAUUCCUCGGGCUGAGUUUCAUACCAUUAAACAUGGUGAAACUAAAGUUGUUAAAAGGUCACAGGAGAGUGAUUAAAUAAGUAGAAAAAUGCCAGUGUUGCAUACUUAUUCCUUUUCAUUCAUAUAUAGUAAUAUUAUUAGUCCUUCAACAGUAUUUUAUCUACAGUGUCUAUUUGAUAGUUCAAAUUUUUCAAACCAGUUGAUGCAUUUUUUUUUCCUUAGUCAAGAUAAUGGAAAGAAGGGAAACAGUAUCAAAUAUUUAUGUGGAAACUUUUGAAUUAAAACAACAACACAAAUGCUAUUUAGUGAAUACUAUAGAAUUGUUAAUAGUUUUGUUAGAUAGUAUAUGUAGACGUAUAGUAUAUACAGUAAAGUAUUAGUUUUAUUUUAUAUACUCUUCGUAAACAGAUGAAGAACCAGGGUGUAAAUUGGUGUUUUCAUAACAAGCUUUCUCUGGUUAAAGAAUUAUUUUUUUAAAGUACAUACAUGUAUAUCUGACAGCUUUCAUUUUACAGCUUUUAAACACUAAAGAUGUAGAAACUCAAGGUAGGCAAGACACA